AUGCUCUCUGAGACCUGGAAGCGCAACCCGCAGGCCGAUCACCUCCACAGCUUUGGGCCGGACCCCCCCUCCUCUUCUUUCUCCUCCCUCUCCGGGGGAAGCACCCCCCACAAGGACAGCGGCACCCUCCAGCCCCUGGUCUCCUCCGGAUCCUCGGACACCGCCCGAAGCAUGACGUCCGGGGAGCUGAUGCAGAGCGCGCCGCUCCUCGCGCACAGAUCCACGCGCUGCGCGCUCUACAAGGCGCUGUGCUUCCUCCUCCUCAUCCUCCAAGGCGGGGUUCUGGACUUUUACCUGAUCUACACCGACCUGUACCGGUGCUCCUGGAUCGCCACGGACCUGGUGGUCAUCUCCGGCUGGGGCAUCUUCUUCGUGAAGAACGCGCGUAGCAGACGGGAGCGCGCCUGCGGCUUCCACCAGAAGAGCUCCAUGUUCGGCUGCAACCUGGGCGAGUUCACGUACGCGUACCUGGCCUGGCUCAUCUACGUCAUCGCCUACACGCCGAAGGUGGUGUUGAUCCUGGAGACCUCCAUCCUGGACCUGAUCGCGCUGAAGCUCCCGUGCGGCGUGACCGGCUUCAAGGUGGUGGCGCUGCUGUCCGCGCCGCUGCUCUUCUGCCUCAUCAGCUCCGUGGUGCUGGACCUGAACGGCCCCACGCGCCACCGCGCGCACAGCUGCUUCAUGAGCACGUGCCUGGACCUGCUGGACAGCUUCACGCUGGUGGAGAUGCUCCUCCGGAGCGAGGUUCCCUCCGCCUACCUGAAGUACGCGGUGAUCGCGGCGUUCUUCGCGGCGCUGGCUGCGCCCGUGAUCUGGCUGUACGAGCUGACGGCGGCGGAGCUGCGCUGCGCGUGGCUCUGCGCGCGCUUUUCCACGGGCCUGCUGGUCAACGCGCCGCUGCUCGUGGUCAGAUGUUUCCUGGUCUUCGUGUACCGGAUCCCCGUGUCGGUGUUCAUGCUCAAAAACGUCUUCUUCCUCGCGUGCAGGACGCUGGAGCUGGUGGAGCAGUGCGCGGCGGUGCGCGGGGUCCGGAGGCUGGCGGGAGGAACCAACCCGGCCCAGUUCUCCCACUGCGUGUCCGAUAAUGACAUGUGUCCUCACGAUUACGUCAACACCCUGGCGGUCAGCCAGUCAUAACGGGGGCGCGUCCAGCUGCGUGUCACGCGCACGGACAUGGGAGUUUAUUGAUGCAAUCAACAGAACCUUCUCCUCAGCAGUGUGGGUUUCUUCUGGUUCCAAAGAUCUGUCACCCGUCUUGGUUUGACCUUUGAGGGUCCUCCUUGGAUUUUUGAACGUUUUUCUUCUUUUCUUUAAUUGUCUUUAAAUUCAAACUAACUGCAGGAGCCACAAGCUCUUCUCCCAGCAUGCAGCAGUGCUGGACUGUGGAGUUCAGGAGCACUCAGCACCUUCUCCAUCCAGAUGGACCCUGAUGUUGGACAUGUCAGGGGUCAAAAGCCUUUAGCGUGUUACCUUUUGUGCUUUAGUUUUAGCUCAAAGAGCAGGGCCUCGUGCACGUGCACGUGCAGGAUUUUGCACAAAUCGCUGCAGUUAGUUGUGGAAGGCCGUGUUUCUGUGAGGAGGAUUUUCUCACUGGUUGGGUGACUUUACAGAGUUCUGGUGACGUCCUGUCCUCGGAUCACAAGAACUCCCCGACACCACUAGUCUCUCUUAUCAGAUUCAGUGACAGGAGGGGAGCAACGGGAGGAAACACGCCGAGGACAGUUAUCUGAAGAAGCACAAGUCAAAAAGAUUCAAAGCGGGAGGGUCAUAGUUCAGGCUGGGACAUGUGCAUUUCCUCCACCCUCAUUUCAUCACUGUGGUGCCCUUGAGCAAGGGACUCUGUUCUGGAGGGGCUGAUCUGUGGUUGUAGUGGAAAUGGAAUAAGCCGCCGCUCACAUGAUGCAACCAUAGCUCGUGUUGGGCUGGAGGAUGGAGGAUGGAGGAUGGAGGGGGUCAUUUGUCCACACAAACUAAAUCCCUUUUUAUUGGGUGGAGUGCAGGUGGAGGUCAAAGUGUGGUUUCAGGGUUAGACUUGGAUUGUGGUCAGGAUCAGGGGAUUUAUAGUCAUGACGUCAAAAUAAAAUGCAUUUCUGUAUAAAUGUGUGUAAAGGUCAAGCCCCCACAGGCCCUUUACUUUCAUAACGGGGGGUGGGGGUGGGGGGGCUGUAAGGGUAAGUUGGUCCUUUGAACCAGCCUGGGUGAGUCCACUGCUCUAACCCCACUGCAGAGCUUGACAAUAAUUCAAACCACAUUUUGAAUGAUGCAAAACAUUUAGGUUCUGCAGAAACUCUGCAAUGAUGGUUAACCCUUGUGCUAUCUUAGAUGACCCCACCCUUACAUUG